UGGACUCGGGGCAUCAUGUACUACAAAUUUAGUGGCUUCACGCAGAAGUUGGCCGGAGCGUGGGCUUUGGAGGCCUAUAGCCCGCAGGGAUUAAAGCCUAUGGUUUCCACAGGAGCACCACCUAUCAUAUUUGCCACACCAAAUAAACUGACCUCCGAUUCCACAGUGUAUGAUUAUGCUGGGAAAAACAGAGUUCCAGAGCUUCAGAAGUUUUUCCAGAAAACUGAUGGUGUGCCCGUCUACCUGAAACGAGGCCUGCCUGACCAAAUGCUUUACCGGACCACCGUGGCGCUGACUGUGGGAGGGACCAUCUACUGCCUGAUCGCCCUCUACAUGGCUUCACAGCCUAAAAACAAAUGAGUUAGGCUGCUGAGGACUGGUUUGUUUUGUGGCAUAAACCCUUUGAAUUUCCUUUUUCAUUGUUAAAUUAAAAUUUUUUUUUUUUACUUCGAUGGCUUAAUAUUUUUGCAAGAAAAAUAGGAAGAUAUGAAGAUGAUGUUUUGGUUUGUUUAUGAAAUGCAUAUGGCUUGUCAGAGCUCAUUUGUCCGUUAAAGCCAUUGUUUAAAGAAAUGGUGCUUUGCUCUGUGUUUGUGCUCCUGAUUUCCCUGGAGGUUCUGGAUGAAGGCUGCACACAGGCUUGUUAACGUCAGUCUGUGCUGAGGACCUCAGGGACUUGAGGUUGCAUUUUUGAGCAUGGGGUGCAGAAGACUUUCUGGAUUUGGAUGUGACUGUGGAAAGAACACAGAAGCCAAGGUCAUGUGCAUGAAAUGAGGGGUUUGAGUUAGUCACCUCGGGGACUUUUUCCAUUUUGCAGUAAAAUGUUAAAUUAAUGUAGCCUGCCUCUAUUCGUUGGGCAGUUAAUUUCAAAGGGUUAUUUGCCUCAUCUCCUAUCUUCAGUGAAAUCUUAUGUGUAAUUGUGUGUAUUUACUCCACCAUGGGAACAGAGAACACCUGUUUAGUGUUGCACUUUAGAUCGGUGUCUCUUUUGUUGAUGCAGCUGUGCCACAAAUUCUCCUUUAUCUUUUAAAAAUGUUAUAGCUUUAAAUUAUGACUUAUUUUGACUGUGGAAUAAAUACAUGAAU